UCACAAAACAGUAGCAUCGCAGGGUUUAAUUAUAUGGCAUUGUCUAGGCCUCUACGGGUGGUGGGUGGUGGACUAAGAUCAUCCGUUGCAUACGUUGGGGUAUAGGCAGAUUGACUUAACUAAUGUCCAGCUCCAUGAAGGCUUUGUGGGUGGAAUAGACACAUACCGAGAGUACGGCGAAAUAUCAUACGCCUCUAAGCUGGCCGGCAUCCUAGGUGGUUAAGACUGACUGUUCUCGAUUCAGUUCUUACGCACCCGUCAGAAUUAACCCUUUGAGAAUUCGUCGCUGCCAAUUUUUCAACGCUCUAAGUUAUAUUUCUGUUCCCAUAUUUCACCCAUCCCUUAUAGAAAUUUACACCUUUCAUGUCAAGUAUGAAUCGGGCGGUCCAUUCACGAGACAUGCAAGGAUAUGACAGCCUUGAAGAAAGUGAUGAAAACAAUCAAGGCCCAGGAAUCCCUCCUCGACCUGGUAACAAGUUGACUAGAAAAGGACUGAGAAGAAUUAACAAUGAUGAGAUAGCCACGGGGAGAGGAUCAAACGACGGAUUUAUCGUGGAAGAAAUAAGGAACCUAGCUCAUUUACCAGGGAAUGGCCAAGGCCAGCGAAACCAACCUAAGCAUGGUAGUCGUGAUACUACUGCACAGGGUACUGGAAUUUCAUUUACAGAUUUCCGUGGUAUGGUUGACCGUCUUAAUCGGGGUGGUCCCUCUCCAGAAGAACAAACGUGUGACGAACGUUUUGAUAGACUAGAAGCAAAGUACUACCAAGCCAAGGAAAAGAACAAAAAACAACAGAUAGAAAUGGAGCAUCUGCACGACCUGGUCCAAGCGUUAGAUGAGUCCAACCAGAUCAUUAAGAGACGCAACGAUAAGCUCCAAGGCUACGUAGACAAUAAAGAAGCAGCUGUAGGGUAUCAGGAGUCCGACGAAGCGAUCACUUCCAAGUUCCGCAGCUUAUACCAUCAGAUUAGAACGUGGGCGAACAAGUUCUGCGUGAACAGCGACAAGCCGAUCAAGCUAGGGUUUCCUGAUGAAGAGCAGUUCCGACUUCUACAACGAGUGCUACCGAUGAUGAGCAACGUUGACGACUGGGCUACCUGUGUCUCUGAUAGCAAGCGGCGACGUAAGUUCGUCCGCGGCUGGGUGACUCUUAAUGUUACCGAGACCAUGUUUCGAACACUGCCAUCCAAAAAUUACCAAUGGGAUUCUGGUACCGACUAUUGGAUUCCGGAACAAACUCGUCGGGGACUGGUAGAUGUAGAGCGAGACCUGUUGAACUCAGGACAUGCCAUAACAUUGAGUAGUUUUCACCAAUGGCGCGCUGUUACAAUGGCGCUCCUCGCCAAGAAGUAUCCCGACUUCACCGAGGAAGAUGUUAUGAUAGAAAACGCAGCAUCCGUGCUCAAAGUAAUCAAUCCCCUAGGACACGAGCGUGAUACAACCCAGCGGCUCAUCGAAAAUGUGUACAAGCCGGCGCUAGAACUCUCUCGCCUGCUCCGGCGCCAACGUGCCUCAUGGUCAGUACGUUUCCCAGCUACCAGACAACAGCCUGUACCGGGCGGUAAUAGUGCUGCGAUGCCCAUCGCUUUGAGGGCUAUCUUUGAUGAUGGCGUCAUGAAAGAUAUGGAUCUAGACAAGGAAGAAACACCGUCAUCAGAUCAAUAUUGUCAUAAGUACGUCGAGAUCAUUGUCGGUCCGGCGCUAUUCAAGAGCGGAAAUAUUGAUGGGGAGCAAUAUGACAUGGAGAAUGUGAUGGAAAAGGCUGAAGUAUCUUGUGCUCCAGUCCCGAGCUUGACUUCUGGGUGAAGACCGUUCUUUAGAUGAGACCAAUGAGAUUAGCAUGCAAUUUUCAACUAGACUUAUGUGUACUCAAUUUGCAUCACUUUCAUUAAUUCAAAAGAUAUACAAUUUU